AGUGUCCUGAAACUUAAUCUCAUUGUCUGGCCAGAGGAGGAAGUAAUCCCUAGUUUCAGCAGAUUCUAAUACACUGGUAUAUAAUAGGAUCACCAAUACAUGACAGGAAGAAACAAAGAUAAGUGAAAAAUUAUCAAUAUAGGUUACUGAGUAGUAGUAAAAAAAGCAAACUAAAAACAAGGGAAGAGGAGAUUAUAGACAUAGAGAAUGUCUGACAACAAAGAAAGGAAGCGUCAAGGAGUUCCCAAUGAAGGCAACCAAGACACAUCUUCAUUAACUGAUGCUGUAGAGCAAGUUGCAAAGCAACAACAAUCACAAGCAUCAGAAAUAGAGAAGAACAAAAAAGUUCUGUUCAAUCUGCAGAAUGAACUUCAUGAGCUUAGAAAACAAAUAGCAGCUGUCUCUGCAGAAACUAAAGAAACAGAAAGACAAAUGUAUCAGCAAGAUACUGCCAUAGAGAAUACCAAACUUCAGUGUGAUAGCCUGGAAACUCAAAUCAAAUCCUUAAAUUCAGAAAAUGUAAAGCUUAAAUUUGACAUAGAAGCAGCCCAAGAAGAUUUUGAAGAACACAUGAUAAAAUAUAAUGCAUAUUAUGCAAAAAUAAAAGCACAUAAAGAUAGUUUGGGAGAAGUAGAGAGCAAAUGGUCAUUUAUGACUGAACUCCAUGAAAAACGAGAUCUUGUUAAAAAACUAAGGAUGAUGAAAGAGGAACUUAUGCAAGAUCUCCAAAAUCCAGGAGGGAACCGAAUAACACAAGUACAGGAAGACAUUACAAAGUUAAAGGAUACAAUUAUAACUGUUAAAGAAUCUAUCAUUGAAAAAACGUAUUUUCUUGAGGAAGAAAAAAAGACACAUGAAAAAUUAAAAAAAGAAAUAGAGGUACAACAUAAGAGAUACGAUGCAAUUCUUAAGCGUUUGCAUUGUCAGGUGAACAAGCUUCAGGCAAAUAGAAGACAAUGGCAAUGGAACAUUGAACAACUGGAAAAAACUGCAGCUGAACUAAGAAGAUGCAUUGGAACGCAAGAGUAACAUUGUCAUCAGUCAAUGUGGAACAUAGACC